UCCAUUUCAUUUCCAUCAUCAGAAGCAAUGUCACUAUACACAACUGCUCAGCAAGCCUGUAAGGUGUUGUCUCUACAUGGGAAGGUGGCCCUAAUUACUGGUGCCAGUUCAGGAAUAGGAGCUGCAACAAGCAUCCUGUUUUCCAAACUUGGAGCAAAACUGAUACUUAAUGGGCGAAAUGUGGAAGGGCUGAAAGAAACAGCAAAACUGUGUGAUGAAGCCAAUAAAGAAAAGAUUUUCCUAGUUCCUGGUGAUGUAACAGAUGAAACAGUAGUUGAGCAUAUAAUAAAGGAAAGUAUUACCAAGUUUGGGCAGCUAGAUGUGCUGAUUAACAACGCUGGAAUAGUUGGAUAUGCAACAAUUGAAAACACCAGCCUGAAGCAGUUUGACACAAUCAUGAAAACGAAUGUCAGAGCUGUAUACCAUCUCACCAUGCUGGCAGUGCCCCACCUGAUUAAAACCAAAGGCUGCAUCGUAAACAUAUCUAGCAUUUGUGGAGUACGAUCAUUUCCUAAAUACUUGGCUUAUUGCAUGUCAAAGGCAGCACUGGAACAAUUUACAAAAUGUACAUCCUUAGAACUGGCCUCAAAGCAAGUAAGAGUAAAUUCUGUUUGUCCUGGAGUUAUCGACACUAACAUUUUUGUACGAGGUGGGAUGACUGAAGAGGAACGUCUACAGUUUCUUGAAUACAGUAAGACGACUCAUGCCCUGGGAAGGAUAGGAACGCUGGAUGAAGUGGCUCAAGCUGUCGCCUUCCUGGCCUCUGAUGCAGCCUCAUUUGCUACUGGGAUCUCCGUCAUUGUGGAUGGUGGGAAACAUGCAAUGUGUCCACUCUAAAAAAUCUAAUAGCAGAAAAUCAUAUCCAGUCUGUAGUAAAGUAAUGUGUACUGUUAGUGGAAAAUGUAGAAACAAAACACUUUAAUUUAAUGGCAUUUUGUUUCCAGUAAGGUAACAUUUUUGUAUUAGAAUGCAUUAUAUUAUGUUUUAGUGAGCUCAUGGGCAUACCGUAAAAGAUUACUAAUAUUGGAAAUGUUUUAUGUGUGCUGUCUUUACUUUUGUCGUGUUUAUUCUUUUGCAUAGUUAAGAUUAUCAAUAGAUGUCAAAGUCUUCUCUGAAAAUGAAUUUCAAUUAAAUACUAGACUGAAAUAAAGCAUUGAAGAAAUCAUAUUCAUGUGACUAUACUCAGUUAAUCCACAUCGUAGGACAAUUCCUUGGAUAGGUUACUUAUAUAUGGGUAUUUCCAUUUGUUUCUUAACUCUCUCUGUAACUACUCUUGUA